ACGGACGGAAACUCCCAGGAAUCGGAAAGCGAUGAAGGGAAAGCCGCCGCCGUACAAAGCCUCGUGCCCGGCGGCAGCCCAAGCACAGCCGCCGCCAGCAGCAGCAGCAGCCAGCCUCAGCAGGCUGCUCCUGCCCUGCAGCACCCGACAGCACCCACAGACCCACCAUGGCUGCGCCCACAGCCACACAGCCACGGCUGCCGCACGCCGCCCCGCCGCUCCUGCUCCUCCUCACCGCUCUGGCCACCACCCUGGCCUGCCAACACCUCUGGACACACGACGACGCCUUCCCCGGCGACGCGCUCCGCCUCCUCCAGGACAUGGCUGCCAGCCACACACAGCCCUGCCACCUCCAAGGGCGGCCCUUCUUCCCCGACACCCUCCUGAGCAACAACCUCCAGCCGCAGCAAGCCGCCGCCGCCGCCCUACGCAUCCUGCAGCACCUCUUCCACACCCUCAGCUCCAACAGCACCCGCCAGCACUGGCCCAGCCAGGCUCGCAACCACCUCCUCAACAAACUGCAGCACCACAUCCACCACCUCGAGCAAUGCCUGCCCGACAAGGCCAUGCCCUUCAAAGGACCACGCAACCCGCUGCUCACCAUCAACAAGUACUUCAGGGACAUCCACCUCUUCCUCCACGCCCACAACCACAGCGCCUGCGCCUGGGACCACGUCCGCCUCGAAGCUCGUGCCUCUUUGCAGCACCUCCACAACCUCACACGCACCAUGCGCCGCUAGCGCAAACAGCCACACGCCAACCCCACGCCUCCUCUCACCUGCGACGACACACAGGGCUGCAACAACCGCACGGCACCCGCAGCCUCCAACCACUGCAUCUCCAUCGAUUCCGCCUCUCCCACUGACACGGACAAAGGACCUUCUCUACAUAUUUAUUGAUUUGUUUAUUAAUUUAUUAGUUUAUUUAUUCACGUAUUUAUUUUUCUACUUAUUCACUUACUGAUGCCACUGGAAAUAAAGACCUACGACAAAACACUUGCCACUGCCUCUCCUCUCUCUAGCACCGCAACCACUCUCUUUGGGCCAGGGCAAAGCCGCCUCCACUCAACACCUAUGCAAAGCCCUGCUCCAAAGAGACCCUGUCCACCCUCCUCAAUGGCACCUGCCCAAGCAGGACGCUGCUGCCGCAGCCCCCGUGCAAAAACAUAGCCGGCCUUUGGCCAACAGCACAGAAUCCCAAGAAGAAAACGCCCCAAGGCUGGAGAGCACCGCUGCACCUCAUCGGCUUUAUCCACACCGUGCUCCAUCCACCCAAUCCACGCCUCUCUGACUCACAGACAACGAUGUCAUGCGUGACACGGUCAAGCACCAUGCA